UCAAUGCGCAGCCGGCACAGGCCAAUGACCAGGCACCACAACCAGUGCCACCGCCGAUCGUCGCCCCUGCCGCGCCGGCUGCCAACUGCGCGCCGCCGGCCGCGUGCGAGCCAGCAGCUGCCCAAGCUGGCCACGUAAGUGGGAUAGUGGGUUACACGGAUGUACAAUCCAUUAGUGCGCUAAAUCAGCAGCCACACCAGCAAAAUGCUAACCACCAAAGUCUUAAGAACUUUAGGCAGCCUCCUUGCUUCACAGGAGUGCCCAAUACCUCGGUAACAAGACCUGAAAUCUGGUUUGAUACUACCAUUGAUUACAUGACGCAAUCGGGCAGCGAUCCCAUAAUGGGCAUGUGAUAUUAUGUUACGGGCAAAGCUGCAGAGUUGUACCACGACUUAUUCGCACGCAAAGGCUCCACGCUCACAAUUCAGAGCAUGCGUGAUGACUUCGUGUUGUUUUUCGGUGACGUGCGCCAUUGCACCCCUCACCACGUACGAACACAACUACAUGCCGGUGCACACGCGAUGAAACCCGGCGAGUCCAUACCGAAUUACGUGCAACGGUUCCGCGAAAUUACGCGCGGUGACCCUAACAUGUCUCAAAUUGACUUGUGCACUUGGCUUAUUCACGGUAUGCCACCGCAACUGCGGCGGGAAUGCACCAUGGAUGCCAACGGCAAUAACUGGUUUGCAUUCGACGCUUUAGUUAACUAUGCCCAAGGUGCACAAAUGCGCCACAAGGAGCAACGGCGUGCGAGGUACCAAUGGGCCCACCGCUGGUGCAUGCGUCGUUAGAAAUGGCGUCAAGCCAGCUUUUGCCACGGAGGAACCGCUUCUAGGCCAGUGGCUGCCGCCUUUGGACGCAGGCGCUCGGCCACAAGAGGUUCCCGUGCUCGCGGAUGCCACCACUGCGGCAACAGCCACUACUGCAGCCUCAGCCUUGGCGGCUUCGGCCACGAGCGCAGGCCACGUGCCAUCCGCACCACCGCCCCUUGCGGCACUAUAUAGUGAGCUGCUGUCCGGGCCCGGCUUCAGCUACGCGGCUGACGGCGACGAGGUCUUUGAGGCCGAUACAAUUAGCCUGGGCAGCGGCAGCCUGGGAAGCUGCGGCUACAUGCUCGAUGACGAUUAUGCUGAUGACGACUUUGGUGACGAUGAUUCUGGGGACGAUAGCGUUCUUUUUAGCGCCGGCACCAUCUGCAGCGGCAGCGGCAAGCGCUCCGAUGCUGCGGCACUGGCGGCAGCUCCAGUGGAGGAGGAGCAGGUCGUAAGGGACCAGCAGGAGCCGCUAACAGGAACCGCACCCAGCCGAAAUCACGGCGUUCGGAGGCCUGUUAGGCCAGCAGCGGUGGUAUGUGGCGGCGGCCUUGAGGCGGGCCUUGAAACAGCGAGCGCAGCAGUAGAUGCGCCUGCAGCAGGCGCUGCCGACUCGCACUCUGGCGAAGCACCCAACACGGUUCUGGCGGCCAGGUCGUGCAGCGGGCAGCUGGGUCGAGUCGGCGGCUCUGGCGGUGCAGUCGACGGCGCUGUGGUGGUUGAGGAGUUCGACGUGCACAUGGAAGUCGACGGCUUCAUGAGUUCCGCUGUGCUUUCCGGUAGUAGCUGCGAAUCUGUGGGAAGUGCAGGUGGCGGUGGAGGAGGUGGUAGUGGGGGAGGAGGAGGUGGUGGAGGAGGAGGUGGUAGUGGGGGAGGUGGCUGUGAGGUCCCGUCGUGCAACUCGCGCGCCCGAGUUGCCACAGGCAUCGCAGGCGACGCGUUGGGUACCGCUGAGCAAAUGCCGUCCAGAUACAAGAACAACCGUAUUUCGGCCGAUAUUGGGGCAGGCAGCGAGCCAGGCGGCGCAGUAGGUACUGGCGCGUUUGCCAACGAGGUCACGACACUUUAUCCGCCGGUGGCCAUGGCAGCAGCUGCGCCUGCUUUGGGGCUCGGGACUGCAGCUUUGACUGGAGACGUAGUCACGGCCACACUCGACAGGCCUUCUCGGCUCCCAGCAGGUGGAGGAGUGCAACAGCUCCAUUUGCAGCAUAUGGCUUUUGGCUUGGAGGGCGCCGCUGUCGCUGCAGCCGUAGCCACCGCCAGUACUGCCACGCUGCCGCUGGCGGCGGCUCCGCCAGCCCUGCUGCCGCCCGAGGUGUAUCUGGGCUUUGUGACACAGCUUGUGGAAGCAGUGCGCACGGCAACCCGAGCUGUAGAUGCUGCUACCUGUCUACCCGGGCGCCAGCGGGCGGCUGAUCCACGGGCUGCACGGGCGCAGCGUUAG